AUGCCUUCCACCGCUGCUUCCACCAAGGUCCCCCAGACCACCAUGAACUUCAACGGCUACUGCGUUGUUAUGUAA